AUGAUAAAUUCAUUGUGUGGAGCUUACUUGUGGAGAGGAACAACUGAGGGACACCAUUCUGCUCGAGUAUCAUGGGAAACUGUUACUCUGUCGAAAGAAGAAGGGGGUUUGGGUAUAAGAGACCUCAACGAGUGGAACAAGGCAUGCACUUUAAAGCUGGUGUGGCUCCUUUUCUUUAGAUCAGGUUCCAUUUGGGUCGUCUGGUUCACAAAGACAAUUCUCAAUGACUGCAAAAGCAACUUUUGGACUAUGAAGGAGAAACAAUGCCACUCAUUUGCAAUCAAAAAAUUGUUGAGAGUUAGAGAUGUUGCUUACCCUUGGAUUAAGAUCAAAAUAGGUGAUGGGCGAUCAACUAGAUUCUGGUCUGAAGAAUGGAGCAGCUUUGGAAACAUCAGGAAGUUUCUAUGCUUUCCCCCUUCAUCAACUCUUGGCAUCAGACCAACAGCGACGCUCUCUGACAUUCAUCGAAAUGGUGUAUGGCUUAUUCCUCCUCCACGUUCUGAUUUGCAGGUUGUUGUUUGUGCUCACCUCACAACUGUCAAACUAAUAACAGAGGAAGAUAGAUUUGAAUGGUGCCCUAAUGGCUCAGCUAUCUCCGCCUACUCCACUGGUGAAAUUUAUCGCCUCAUAAAGAAGCAUCAGCCCCUUGUCCCUUGGAAUACAGUCGUCUGGAACCCUAGAGGAAUCCCAAAACACAGCUUUCUCACUUGGCUAGUAGUCUUGAACAGAUGUCCCACAAAAGACAGAAUCAUAUCUUGGGGACUUCAAACUACACCGGCUUGUAUCCUCUGUAACCAGGCGGCUGAAUCAAGGGAUCAUCUGUUCUUUGAAUGCCCCUUCUCUUUUGCGAUUUGGGAAACACUUGCACACAAGGCUCGCUGCUCUCCGAUCAACAUCUGGCCUCAGCUCUUUGACUACAUGCAGCAGCGCUCCUGCCCUAAACCAGAGAGGAUCUUGGGACUUAUUGUUUGGCAGGCAUCGAUCUACUUCACCUGGACUGAAAGGAACAACCGCUUACACAGGCACUGCAUUCGAACAACGAACUCGAUCACGGCAUCAGCGGCAUCUCUGAUCAAAAACAAACUCUCAAGCUUCAGGGACUCCAAUCCAGCUUUCUCUUCCACGAUGCUCCUACUCUGGUUUACUAACUAA